UGCAUCACUGAUGGGCACUGAAAGGCAGCGCUGAUACAUGGCACUGAUAAGCGGCACUGACUGGCACUAAUAGGUGGCACUGAUUGGCAGCACUGAUAGGUGGCACUGACUGGCACUGAUGGGUGACACUGAAAGGCAGCUCAGAUGGGCACUGAUAUGUGGCAUUGAUGUGGCACUGAUGGACACUGACAGCUGGCACUGCUGGGGCUACACUGAUCAUCAGGGCACACUGAUCAUCAGUGCCCUGAUGAUCACUGUCAGCGUGACAGCUCGAGAGGAGAGAAAUGCCGAUAACCGGCAUUUCCCUGUUUACAUGUGAUCAGCUGUGAUUGGA